UUUCUUCAAGCCUGUGAAAAUGCGCGACCAAUGAGUAAACAGAGCAGAUGACCGAAUUUUGAAUCGAAAUCCUUCUCGUCUUCUUUAUUCCUUCUCUCGGAAUUUCACGGCGAGCCUCUUUUCGCUCUUCAUCACCCGAAUAAAUUUCCUGAAUCUUCUCCGAUAACUUCGUGUCAUAUCUCUCGCCACAGAAAUUUUGGUUCCUGUUCGUGAAUUAGCAGUAGGGUUUCAUUUGUCUCUUCUCGACGAGUUUUCCCAUUGAUUGGUUCGUUUGGAUCUGGAGAGAUAUCGAUUUUGAUUGAUCUCAAAAGGGUAUUUGUUUGUUUGCUCAAUCGAUCGUGUUUUCGGCUGUGGAAUAGAAUCUGGAUCUGUCAGAUUAAAGACUAGUUUUUUGCGAUUGAGCUAACGGAAAUGAUUUGAUCUUCGAGUGUGGUUGAUCAUCGAAGAGUGUUUCAUUGAGGCUGUUAAUGAAUAUUGCUGUAAAAGAGGAGGAGAAUCUGCUUUUAAGCUUCUCGUCAUACUCUUUUCUGGGAUUUCUCAGGUUCUCAAGUUUGGAUCUCAAUAAGAAAUCUGCGUCCACCACCGUAAACCCUAGAUUUAGAUGGGAUAAGGUGUUCUUUCAGAUAAAAGGAGAGAACUUUCCGAAUUUGACUUAGUUGAAUUGAGAUGGGUUCGUCACAAGGCUCUACACUCUCGGCUGAUGUGAUGAGCCUUGUGGAUACAUUGCCUGUGCUUGCAAAAACCCUUAUCGCUGGAGGAGCUGCUGGUGCAAUUGCUAAGACUGCUGUUGCACCCUUGGAAAGGAUCAAAAUUCUGUUGCAGACUAGAACAAACGACUUUAGGACCCUUGGUGUGUCCCAGUCACUAAAGAAGGUUUUACAAUUUGAUGGUCCUCUUGGAUUCUAUAAAGGAAAUGGUGCGAGUGUUAUUCGGAUUAUUCCAUAUGCUGCCCUUCAUUACAUGACGUAUGAAGUUUAUCGUGACUGGAUUUUGGAAAAAAAUCUUCCCUUAGGUUCUGGUCCAAUUGUUGAUCUUGUGGCUGGUUCAGCUGCAGGCGGAACAGCAGUUUUGUGCACAUAUCCCCUUGAUUUAGCACGUACUAAGCUAGCUUACCAGGUUUCUGACACAAGACAGAGUCUCCGAGGUGGUGCGAAUGGAUUUUACCGUCAACCUACUUAUUCAGGCAUAAAAGAGGUCCUUACAAUGGCAUAUAAAGAAGGGGGACCACGCGGGCUAUACCGUGGCAUAGGGCCAACGCUGAUCGGCAUCCUUCCCUACGCGGGCCUUAAGUUCUACAUAUAUGAGGAAUUGAAAAGACAUGUUCCUGAAGAGCAUCAAAACUCUGUUCGAAUGCAUCUACCUUGUGGAGCUUUAGCUGGUUUAUUUGGCCAGACCAUCACUUACCCAUUGGAUGUUGUUAGGAGACAAAUGCAGGUAGAGAAUCUGCAGCCUAUGACGAGUGAAGGCAACAACAAGCGCUACAAGAACACAUUUGAUGGGCUUAACACGAUUGUUCGAACUCAGGGUUGGAGACAGUUGUUUGCUGGUUUAAGCAUCAACUACAUCAAGAUUGUUCCAUCGGUUGCGAUUGGAUUCACAGUCUAUGAGUCGAUGAAGUCAUGGAUGCGAAUUCCACCGCGAGAGAUAUCAAAGCCAGCAUGAGGAUCUUUGUUCAUUCACUCUCUUAAAGAGCUCACAGAAGAAAACAAGAUUGUUAGACAGAUUUUUUUCAUACUUCUUUUAAACUUUCCAGGCCAAUUUGCCUCUAAAAAUCCUUGAUAGUGAUAAAAAUCUUUUGAGAAAUUAAUUUAUAAAUCUGUGAUCAAACCCAAAAUAAAGAAAAAGUUGAUUCAUC